GAAAAGAGGAGCUAAGGUCGUAUCCAAGAGAGUUGAUGAUUUCAAAGAAAAGUUUCAACAUAAACUUGGAAGAGUUUUAGAUCCCAUUGCAGAAACAAUGACUGUUCCCCCAGACCACACAUUUGGAGCUUGUCUCCGUGCUGAGGAGUAUGGAGCUGGUGAUCUCAUCCAUAACAGACUUCCGGGUGAAUAUCUUCAAGGCAAGGAUAGACAGAGAGCCCAGAUCGCAGCAGUGCGACAUCGCUUGAAGAAAGUUAACUACCAAAACUUUGACACUUUGCUGGCAGCCUUCAGGCACUAUGAUAAGAAUGGAGAUGGGGUGAUAGAUAAAGCCGAGCUUCGGGAGGCUUGUGAACAGGUCAGCUUGCACUUAGAUGAGAAGCUCCUGGACCAGCUAUUUGACUACUGUGAUGUGGAUAAUGAUGGGCUGAUUAACUACCUAGAAUUUGCAAAUUUUCUUAACUGGAAAGAUAAAAUGCCUCUUAAAGAGUAUGAAGAGAGGGUCAUUAUUAAAGGUAGAAAACCAGAUUGUGCAAACCCUGCUGAGGCUAAUGUUGAAGAAUCUGAACCAACUCUCCUGAUAAAGCCCGAAGAUAUUGUCUUAAAAGAACCAGGGAGCUCAGGAAAGACUCUCCGGACACUUCUGAGGCCAAGUGAUACAGUUUCUAAUCACUAUAAGACAACUUCUUCUGAGAUCAGUGCGGUUGUAGGAGCUGUUCCUUCUACUUGUUAUCCCGUCUAUGGUGUUCCAACCAUUCGGUCUGAUAUUCCUGCCCCCCGAAUUCGUCGCGUCAGUGAUAGAACUAAUUAUGGUGAAGAGGGCAAUGCCUAUUCGUUACUACAUCCUUCCAUCUUUAGCCAGAAAGGAGUGUUUGAAAGAGACUUCUUUAAGACCAGAUCAAAAAAAGAGAUUGCAGAGAUAUUAUAUAAUAUUGGUGUCAAGCUUUCUGAUGAAGAAUUUGAAAAUGUAUGGAAUCUUGCAUCAAAAAAACAUCACAAAGGAGAAGUUUGUGUUGAGACCAUCAGAAACGUUCUGGAUGAGCUACAACAUGCAGACCGGGUCAAGUGUAAAACAGCCAUGUGA